AGAGAAACUGGGUUCUCGGAGACAUCUGCCGAGAAGUCCAGACAUGGUGAGGAGGGGGCGCUGAGGUUGCAGCCGGCAUCCCAGAGCGGAGAUGCUCAGCUUUAUUAGGUGCGACUUACAGGUGUGACGUGGUCUUCUGAAGUCUCAGUUUUGUCAUCUGUAGAAUGGACAUAACCGAAGCUACUUCAAAGGACUGUUACGAGGAUUAAAUGAAACAAUGCUUGUAAAGCUUUUUGCACAAGGGAGCCCUGGAGGCAGGACCUGGCAGGCAAAGCAUGCCUGCUAUCACGCAGAACCAUGGGCAGCAUGAAGACCCCUGUGGAGCUGGCCAUCAGUGGGAUGCAGACCCUCCAUCUUCAGCACCGUUGCCGGGGCAGCCACCGGGUCAAGGCCAGGGCGUCAUAUGUGGAUGAGUCUUUGUUUGGCAGCCCUGCGUCUACCCGGCCCACACCACCAGACUUUGACCCACCCUGGGAGGAGAAGACUAACAGAACCAGUGGAGUGGGCACAGGGACAUCACGGGCUUCAGGGACCAAUGGGAGCUGUGAGACCUCCUCCAGGGGCAGCACCCCAACCCUCACACCAAGGAAGAAGAACAAAUACAGACUGAUCAGCCACACUCCUUCUUACUGUGAUGAGUCGCUGUUUGGCUCCCGACCCGAGGGCACCACCUGGGAAGGCCCGUGGAUGGCAAAGGGGGGUGCUGCCAAACUCCAUGCCCUCUUCUGGACCCCCCCAGCCACCCCUAGGGGCAGCUACUCGUCCCGCCCCAGGGAGACCCCACUGCGAGCCAUUCACCCAGCACGUCCCUUGAAGACAGAGCCCACAGUGGCGGCAGACUCCCAGAAGCUGCGCAGGGGUGGGUUAGACUCUCCACAGCCUCGGAGGCGGGAACGUUCUCAUUCCCUCACACACCUGAAUGUCCCCAGCACUGGUCGCCCACCCGCCAGUGCCCCCCACGCCAGCAGGCCUCGGGAUCCCAGGCCUUCCCCAUCAGGGGUGACCUUCCAGAGCCCCCUAGUGAUGCCCAGGGCUCGCUCGGUUCGUGUUUCAGUGCCAGCUGCCCCUCAGCAAGGUGGGGCCGCCCAGAAACCAAAGCCCCCUUGGAAAUGAGUUUCUUGGU